CUUUGUGCCCUUGUUGCCCUUCCAAAUCCUAAUUUUCUCUGUGUUUCCCCAUCGCUACCCCUCGCCCCUCUUUCAGAUUUUGGAAGCUUGUAGCUCUUGGAACCUGGCGAAAUUGGGGUUCUGUUGUUGCUGGAUCGGUUGUAGAUUUUUGUAGCUUUUAGCUCUUUGGAACCUGGCGGAAUUGAGGUUUUGCUGUUGCUGGAUCCGUUGGCGAUUUUUGAAGCUUUUAGCGCUUGGAAGUUGGAACCUGGCAGAAUUGGGGUUUUGUUGGAUCCGUUGACGAUCUUAACACCUGGGACCUCUGUUUUGAGGUGCAAAAUUGUUUUUUUGUUUAUCGCUGGAUCUGUUGAGGCUUGAAUUCACGACUCUGCUAAGAGCAUCGUGGGUACGAUAUCAUGGAAAACCAUGAGAUGAUCGUAGGCCAACGGCCAGAUAUACCAUUUGUUCAGAACCAACAGCUAGGAUUAAGGCAUGGACAGAAUUUGGUGGUCAGACAGAAUCAUAAUGUCGAAUUGGGACAGACCCUCAAACACGAAACCGAAUUAGGAGAGAACGGUAAUCAGCAUAUAAGUUUGGGACAUCAUCAUGAUCAUGAACUGCUUUUGGACCAUGAGAUGGCAACCAUGUCACAUCCACAUAAUCAUGGUAAUGAAGAUGCUACCGAGUUUGAUGAUAACAAUCAACACGAUAAUAGAUACGAUGAUGGGAAUGUAGGAUCCGAAGAUGUGGAUCCUGGUAUCGGUGAAGAAGGGGUCACCAAUCCUGAUUCUCAGUUGGUUCUUUCUGAUCAUUGUCACAAUCUUGGUCUAUCCAACGAUCAUGAUUUGGCGGUUGUAGAGAAUCACGAGCUUGUGGUGCACCCGAGCUCUGAUAUGGGUGUGGUUCCUCUAUCUUUCCACACCCCUCAUGAGCUCGUCCUCACUACUCCAGUAAUCCAAAGUCGAACCGCUCCUCCUCCAAACUACGAAUUAAUGGUCGGUCAAGAAUUCCCAGAUGUUGCAAGCUGCCGUAGGGCACUAAGGCACACCGCAAUCGCUCUUCAUUUCGAGAUACAAACCGUCAAGUCUGAUAAAACGCGUUUUACCGCUAAAUGUGCAAGUGAAGGUUGCCCGUGGAGGAUCCAUGCCGCUAAGCUACCGGGUGUACCGACCUUCACAAUUAGGACCAUCCAUGCCGAACACAACUGUGGUGGAAUCGCUCAUCUUGGUCAUCAGCAGGCUUCGGUUGAUUGGGUUGCAAAUACUGUAGAGCAACGUUUGAAGGAAAACCCGCAAUGUAAACCAAAGGAGAUACUAGAAGAGAUUCAUCGUGUUCAUGGGAUUACGUUAUCGUACAAACAAGCCUGGAGAGGGAAAGAACGGAUCAUGGCAGCUCUUCGUGGAUCGUUUGAAGAAGAUUACCGUCUUUUGCCCCAGUAUUGCGACCAAAUUAGACGUACAAAUCCAGAAAGUAUCGCAUCAGUUUAUGUGAACCCCGAAGAUAACUGUUUCCAGCGGCUUUUUAUCUCUUUUCAAGCUUCAAUUCACGGGUUCCUGAACGCUUGUAGACCACUGAUUGGGCUCGACAGAACCGUUUUGAAAAGCAAGUAUCUUGGAACCCUUCUUUUCGCUACAGGUUUUGAUGGAGAUGGUGCUCUGUUUCCGUUGGCGUUCGGGGUGGUUGAUGAGGAAAACGAAGAAAACUGGAUGUGGUUCCUUUCCGAGCUCCAUAAUUUGCUGGAAAUCAACACGGAAAACAUGCCGAUGCUUACGAUUUUAUCCGACCGGCAGAAGAAUAUCGUCGAUGGAGUUGAAGCCAACUUCCCGACAGCUUUCCAUGGCUUUUGUAUGCGCCAUCUUAGCGAAAGCUUCCGAAAGGAGUUCAACAACACGAUGCUGGUCAACCUUCUUUGGGAUGCAGCCAAUGCACUCACCGUCCUGGAUUUUGAAACAAAAAUCCUCGAAAUCGAAGAGAUAUCUCAAGAAGCCGCUUAUUGGAUCCGACGGGUUCCCGCCCGUUUAUGGGCUACGGCAUAUUUCGAAGGGACCCGCUUCGGUCACCUGACGGCUAAUAUUGUUGAAUCUUUAAACGUUUGGAUCCUCGAGGCAUCCGGGCUCCCAAUAAUUCAAAUGAUGGAGUGUAUUCGUCGGCAACUAAUGAUGUGGUUCAACGAACGACGCGAAACCAGCAUGCAAUGGACUUCCAUUCUCGUUCCGACCGCCGAGCGGCGCGUCUCCGAGGCCAUUGAUCGUGCACGAACUUAUCAGGUUCUUAGAGCAAACGAAGCCGAAUUCGAAGUCAUAUCACACGAAGGAACUAACAUUGUCGACAUCCGAAACCGGCGGUGUUUGUGUCGGGGAUGGCAACUUUACGGCCUCCCUUGCGCCCACGCCGUAGCGGCUCUACUCUCUUGCCGACAAAACGUCCAUCGGUUUACCGAGAGUUGUUUCACGGUAGCAACGUACCGGAAAGCGUACUCACAAACGAUACAUCCGAUCCCCGACAAGACGUUAUGGAAAGAAAUGUCGAACGGAGGUGAAUCAAGUAUGGUUACGGAGAUAAUCAUCAACCCUCCGAAAUCGAUUAGACCGCCGGGAAGGCCGAGAAAGAGGAGGGUUCGAUCGGAGGACCGGAGUUCGGUGAAACGGAUCGUGCAUUGUAGUCGGUGUAACCAGACGGGACAUUUCCGAACUACGUGUUCGGCUCCGAUAUGAAACAAACAUAUUGAAGGUUGUAUUCGAGUCGGGUAUGUAGGUGAAGGUGAGUUUUGAUAAGAACAUUGCUUAUGUUUUCAUCAAAUAAUCGGUGUAUAUUUUGCAUUUAAGGUUUCAAAAAAUGUAUGGAGUCGAGCUCUCAUCUUCCUGUCAUAUUUAUGUAGUGUCAUCAGUGUUGUAAAAGCCUGAGAUCAAGACUUGUGUCUCACGUCAUGUUAAAAUAUGUGGCAUGUCAAUAUGUCAUGGUCUA